UCUGUUUACACUUGCCUGGGCUGUUUGACAGUGAAGACGGGUGCGCAGUUUUUUGUUGGCAAGAGUUGCGUAGUAGACAGUGACCUGUCUUCUUAAAAUAACGGACAAUGGACUCCGGCCGCGGAAUACAGAUACCGAGCCGUCUCCCGCUGCUGCUGACCCAUGAAGGGGUGCUCCUCCCGGGCUCCACCGUCAGGUUCAGCGUGGACUCUCCGCGGAACAUGCACCUGGUCAGCCAGCGGCUGUUGAAGGGCACUUCUCUGAAAAGCACAAUCAUAGGAGUGAUUCCCAACACCAGAGACCCAGAGCACGACACCGACGACCUCCCCACCUUGCAUAAAAUUGGUACAGCGGGGAUAGCAGUGCAGGUGGUGGGCAGCAACUGGCCGAAGCCCCACUACACCCUCCUUAUCACAGGAUUGUGCCGCUUUAGUGUGUCAGGUCUUCUUAAGGAGCGGCCCUUUGUCCUGGCAGAGGUGCAGCAAUUGGAUAAACUGGAGCAGUACACGACCCCAGCAACAGAGGGUGUCCCAGCAGAAGAAGGAGAGCUGGGGGAGCUGUCCCACCAGUUCUACCAAGCUGCUGUACAGUUGUUAGGUAUGUUGGACAUGUCCGUUCCAGUGGUGGCUAAGUUCAGGCGUCUGUUGGACAGUCUGCCCAGGGAAGCUCUGCCUGAUGUGUUAGCCUCCAUGAUCCGCACCUCAAACAAGGAGAAACUACAGGUCCUGGAUGCGGUGACUUUGGAGGAGAGAUUUAAGAAGGCUCUGCCCAUGUUGACCAGACAGAUAGAGGGACUAAAACUGAUAAAGAAAUCCAGGAAAAUAGGUCCUGACAAUGAGAAAAGGGUGUUAUCGGUGCGUAAAGGUGGAGUGUUCCCGGGCCGGCAGUUCAACCUGGAUGAGGAAGAUGAGGAUGAGGAUGGCGAUGACACUGCAGCCUUAGAAAAGAAAAUCCACGGGGCCAAGAUGUCUGAAGCUGCACUUAGAGUUUGCCUCAAAGAGCUCAAGAGGUUGAAGAAGAUGCCUCAGUCUAUGCCUGAGUAUGCCCUGACCAGAAACUACUUGGAUCUGAUGGUAGAGUUGCCAUGGAGCAAAAGCACCAAAGACUGCCUGGACAUCCGAGCCGCUCGCACUCUGUUGGACAACGAUCACUAUGCCAUGGACAAGCUAAAGAGACGCGUGCUGGAGUACCUGGCUGUUAGACAGCUGAAGACUUCCCUGAAGGGGCCGAUCCUCUGCUUUGUGGGGCCUCCAGGAGUCGGUAAGACCAGUGUGGGACGCUCCAUAGCCAGGACUUUGGGCAGAGAGUUUCACCGCAUCGCUUUGGGAGGUGUCUGUGACCAGUCUGACAUCCGUGGACACAGACGCACAUAUGUAGGAAGCAUGCCCGGCCGCAUCAUCAACGGUUUGAAGACAGUGGCCGUCAAUAAUCCUGUGUUCCUCCUGGACGAGGUGGACAAACUGGGGAAGAGUCUACAAGGAGACCCUGCAGCUGCACUGCUAGAGGUCCUGGAUCCAGAGCAGAACCACAGCUUCACAGACCAUUACCUUAAUGUGGCCUUUGACCUCUCCCAAGUGCUCUUUAUUGCCACUGCAAAUACCACAGCAACCAUUCCCCCUGCUCUGUUGGACCGGAUGGAGGUGCUGCAGGUUCCAGGCUACACUCAAGAAGAGAAGGUGGAGAUAGCUCACCGUCACCUGAUCCCAAAUCAGUUGGAGCAGCAUGGAUUAACGCCUCAACAGCUGCAUAUACCACAGGACACCACACAGCAUAUAAUCAGCAGUUAUACUCGCGAGGCGGGUGUGCGCUCCCUAGAGAGGAAGUUCGGGGCGAUCUGCCGAGCCGUGGCUGUGAAAGUUGCUGAAGGCCACAGAGUCACCAAGACAGAGGCUUCCACCCCCGAGGACCCAACACAGCAGGAGGUGUACAUUAACAGUACUCCCUACUCCCUGCUAACUGUUCAGGGAAUGUCGGUUAAUUCAAUUUCCCUCUACAAAAUUCCUAUCUUUGGAACACGAUGCACCAACACAGAUAUCACUUCCUCUAUGUGUUACCCUGACAAGGCAGUGCCCCCCGAGCUUCCCAUAGUGAUCGACCACGUCGCCCUGAAAGACAUCCUGGGACCUCCGCUGUUUGAAAUGGAGGUGUCUGAGAGGCUCACCCUGCCCGGUGUGGCUGUGGGCCUGGCCUGGACCCCCCUCGGUGGGGAGAUCCUGUUUGUGGAGGCCAGUCGAAUGGAGGGAGAAGGUCAGCUAACUUUAACCGGUCAGCUGGGAGACGUUAUGAAAGAAUCCGCCCAUUUGGCUAUCAGCUGGCUCAGGGCCAACGCUAAAACCUACCAGCUCACCAACAUGGUGGGAGGUCCAGACCCGCUAGAAGCAACAGACAUCCACCUCCACUUCCCUGCUGGAGCUGUCACCAAGGAUGGCCCUUCUGCAGGUGUUACCAUAGUAACCUGCCUAGCCUCGCUGUUUAGCGGCCGAUUGGUGAGAUCAGACGUUGCCAUGACAGGAGAGAUCACCUUAAGAGGACUGGUGCUGCCGGUGGGCGGAAUCAAGGACAAGGUCCUGGCGGCCCACAGGGCAGGAGUGAAGCGUGUCAUCCUCCCCAAACGCAACGAGAAGGACCUGGAGGAGCUCCCAGCUAACGUCCGAGCCAACCUCGACUUUGUCACGGCUGCGAACCUGGACCAGGUCCUGAACGCCGCCUUUGAUGGAGGGUUUCCAGGGACAGCCAGCACCCACACACACCCUCAGCUGAGCAGCAAACUGUAACCCGCUGAUAAAAACACACAAACACACACUCUUCAUGUUCACAGGAUUACUUUCCUAUUGAAGAAAUAAUUUGAGGGAAAUCAAGCUACAAUUCAGAGUCAAGCCCUGUGACAGGAUUCGGUUAAAAUUAACAUGGACAAGUGUUACAGGUAAAGCAUCGUUGUUAUUCACAUAUUGGCUCUAUAGCCAUUCACAGCCAAGACUCCAUCCAGGUCACAGCCACCACUGCAUGUAAUCAUGUUGGUGCCUUUAAGUGUUCAGCCUUAGUUUUUCUAGACUGGCAUCUGUUUUCUUGGCUAUUUGCAUUAUAUUAACAGCACUGCUCUAGCACAGGUCGAGUGGAUGUGAGCUUAUUAAAGCCUUAACACAUUGGUGAG